AUGGCUCCACAGUUUUUCCCUUCGGAUCCGGCUCAAGUAAUUGAGGUGAAUAGCAAAGCGACGUUGAUGUUUUCUGGUUUUGUGAGCGACGAAAUUCACGAGAACAUUUUCUGGCCAGAUUUACCUUAUGUAACUGAUGAGUAUGGACAUGUAUACUUUCAAGUGAAGAAUGAUGAAGAUGUUUUGCAAGCUUUAACUUCUGAGGAAACCAUCGUGCAAGUCAUUAUUGGACUAGAUACAACAGAAAUAAUCAGUGAGAUGGAGGCAUUAGGUCAUGCAGAUAUUUAUUUUGGCAUAGACGACCUGGAUGAUGAUGAUAGCGAUUUUGAUGAUGAGGACAAUGAUGAAGAUAGCGAUGGUGGUCAAGAGGAUGAUAAUCACGAAAAGGACUGGGUUGCCAUUCUUGAUGACGACAAAGACCAGGAUGAGGAAUCUGAUGGAUCACUAGGGGACUGGCCUAAACUGGAGACAAUGCAAUCUUCUCAUCCUAUGUAUUUUUCCAAAAAGGUAACCGAGGUAACUAUCUAUAUCAGAUUCUUUUGCACAUUGUAUAGAAAUGAUCACGUAGAUUUUAUGGAACAACCUUCUACUGGUCUUGCUAUACAAGGCCUUCUAAGACCUGCAUUUAUGGAAGAACACUCCAUCUUCCAGAAUAUAUCCGUCCAACAAUCAAGUAAUGCCGAUGUAAAUCAGAAUGCCAAAGAACAAAAGCCAGGAGGCAUUGUUCAGAUCAACGGUCAUAAACAUGAAAAGGAACCAGCUCAAGAUAUCCCAACUUGGGCAGAGGAAUUGGAGAAGGAUAAAAGUCUCGGAAAUGGAAUUUCAUUUUACAAGCUAGAGAUGAUUAAAAUUCAGUUAGUUUCAGCACACGGAGAUCAGGUUCUUAUGUUUCCAGGUUGUGCAGAAAAGUAUUGA